AUGGACAGCGUCACUCAUGUGGCCAGCGUGGAGUUGUGGGUGUUGAUGACAACGCUGCUGUUGGUGGUGAGGUUCAUGCUGGACUGCUUUGGGCCGUGGUACGAAGACAGGGCCAUGGCGACCAGCAUUCAGGUGAUAGAGAUGCUCAACUACUCCAUGGUGCACUACACCAUGGGGCUGAUGCAGCUCUCCGCAAAGAAGGUGAAUGACUACUUUCAGGUCUGGGCGGUGCUGCUGGUGACCCUGCAGUACAGCGUCAAGGCUGGACGCCUGUACCAGAGAUCCAAGCAGAUCCCACUGCUCGACCUCAUGUCAUCCUUCUGGGCAGCCAACCUCAUCUGGAUGCAGACCUUCUUCCUCCUCAGGGUCCCUCUCUGGUUGAUAUGGGCCCUCAAUGCGAUUCGGAUCAUCUCCUACUUUGCCUCGUCCGAUAGGGCUGAAACCACCAACCAAGAGAACACGAGGCAGGUUAGCGACUACAUGCGAUACGAGCACACCCUCGGUUCCUCGCACUCGUACAAGUACUUGGUCUCUGGGGAAGACCUGGCGCUUCGUGAUGCUCGACGACAAGACAGGAGGAGUGGACAAUACAGGAUUCGGUUGGAUCCAGAUAAUAAGAAGCUUGUCACCAUAGAGAAGAUAUGGAAUAUUGAUGCUGGCAACAGCCGGUUGCUCGGCGGCACCAAAGACAAUGGCAACCGACUCAAGGAUGUCUGCCUCUCAUUCGCCAUGUACAAGCUGCUGCGCCGUCGGUUCUAUAAUCUCCCGAUACAUGAGGCUAGCCAAGAGAAGACGAGGCGGCUCGUCUUCGACUACAUCCUGCAGGAGAACACCAACAGCUAUGAGAGGGCAUUCCGUGUCACCAAGGUGGAACUGUCCUUCCUCCAAGACUUGUUCUAUAGCAAGCAUGCUGCCAUGUUUGCCAACGGAUUUCCGGUCUGGAGUAUGCUCUUGUCUCUCUCUCUGGUUGCGGCUACCGUAUACCUUGCGUAUCCUGUUCAUUGUAUACCAGAGAGGAUGGAUGCGGCCGACAAAAAUAUCAUCACUCACGGGGUCAUUGUCACUCGUGUCAUGGUCUUCCUUAUCAUUGCCAAGGAGCUGUUGGAGAUCUAUUUAUAUGUAUUCUCGCAAUGGACCAAGGUUCUGAUGAUCUGCAUGUACGUCAAACAUCGGUGCUUGCGGAAUCCAGUGGUGGAGGCAGCAAUGAGAAUGAUGUUCUGGUUCAUGAGGGGCAAGUGGGAUCAAAGGAUCUUCCAGUAUAACCUUCUGAUUUCUGAUUCGCAUACUCAGAGGAAAUUUCCCCGGAGCAUCAAGUUGGAGUCAGAAGUAACGACGGCAAUAUUUGAGUCGUUCAAGGGCCUGCAGCAGCAUCCAAAAAGAUUGGGAACCUACUUCUUAAAUGCCUUCGGUUCAAAGGCACCCGUUAUGCAGCAGCUAACAUGGGCAAUUGAGCUGGAGGCUGAUACCCACAGGAUACUGGUCUGGCACAUCGCGACAUGCUUCUGCGAGAUGCAUUUCUGUGAUGAAGUGAAAAAACUAAAGGUUUGUAAGCUUCAAAACAGGAUCUUGGCCAAGAAAUCCACAACUCCAGAACAUGUGUGGCCACAUUACUUAACUGCUGUCACCUUAUCAAACUAUUGUGCAUACCUGCUUACCAAAGGAUUGGUGCCAGACAACGGCAUUGUUGUUACAAAUAUCUUGGACAUCGUACGCAAGGAAACCUUCCGUGCUACUUACUGCUCAUUCUCCCAGUCAAUGCAAGAUGUUUACAAAGAACUUGUGGAGAUUGCCACCUUGGAAGAGUCUGAGGUGAUUAGUGGAGAGGUUGAAGCCCCUGAAAGUCGGGAAGAUAACAAUGGAAUUAACAGUUCCACAACAAAUGACCAGGUGCCUAAUAGGGAAGAUACUAUCAAGGGUGAUGAUGACAUCCAUAAUUCGAUAACCCAAAUGGGUGCAAAGCUUGGGAAGCAGUUGAUAGAGACCUACGAAGCAGACACCGUAGGCAUAUGGAGGGAUCUAGCAGUGUUCUGGACAGGCUUCCUCCUUCACUUGGCAGCCUCAACCAGAGCAGCCAAGCACAAGACACGGCUUGUUGGGAAGGUGGAGCUCAUAACACACCUGUGGGCUUUGCUGUCACAUGCUGGGUUUCUUGGAAAUACCAGGCAUGGGCAAACACUCCUCGACCCAGAAGACCUUAGUGAUGUCGACCCGCUCAGAUGA